AUACAAAAUGAAAAAGUAAGGAAAGGUGAUUGAAAAAAACGAUUGCCAUCUUUUUGCAAUCCUCAAAUAUUUUCUCCAUUAAAGCUUAAAUCUAGGUUUUUUUUUUUUUUUUUUUUUUUUUUCUUGAAACAAUUAGGGAUUGCGAAAGAUGUCUCAGACUAAAAAAUUAAUGCCAAAUUUAGAUCAACAAAGCACAAAAGUCCUUAAUCUCACUGUUCUUCAGCGAUUCGAUCCUUCCAUUCAAGAAAUUCUUCUUACUGCUGCUCAUGUCGCCUUGUACGAAUUCAACGUUUCUCUUGGACAAUGGAGCCGUAAAGAUGUUCAGGGAUCCCUGUUCGUUGUCAAAAGGAAUAAGGAUCCUUGGUAUCAGUUCAUUGUCAUGAAUCAAAUUAAUACAGAAAAUCAUGUGGAGAAUCUCUCUGGGAAUUUUGAAUUUGACGUUCAAGUACCUUACCUUUUGUACAGAAAUAUUGCCGAAGAAGUUAAUGGUUUAUGGUUUUACAAUUCAUCUGAAUGUGAGGUGGUUGCUGAUCUAUUUAACAGGAUUAUUGAAUCAUAUGCAAGGAGUACUUCAGAGCCGUUGGUGAACAAAAGUGAGUACAAGGAAGUUGAACCUGUUCGAUCUGUGGCAGUGAUGGGCAUUCCAUUGGAGCCAUCGCCUGUGCCAUCUUCAACUUCCAUUAAUGCAGCUGUUGCUACUGAGAAUGCUAUCUCAAGAUUAUUUGAUGCCGCAGCAAACAUUUCUAAUUCAGGAAAGCCAGUGCAAAGUUAUCAUCCGUCCAGUAACUAUUUGGUGUCAACGGGAAUCUCUAAUUCGAUACCUACUCCUGCUGGACAUCUUCAAGCAUCUUCUGUGGCUACGUCAGCUCCAGCUGUUCAUCUAAUAAACCAACAUGAAGCUGAUUCAGGUUAUGGAAGCAGUCAGAUAGCCAAUCUUGUCACACCUGCUAUCUUCCACAACCCCCAUUCUUCGUCCUCUACAGUUUCCAUGCCACCUAUUUCAUCAUCCUUGCCACUCACUGCUCUGCAGUCUUCAUUGUCUGUCCAGCGACCAUAUGGUGCCCCAUUUCUCCAACCUUAUCCUCCGCCAGCACCAUCACCGUUUCUUACACCACAGACUGUUGCUGCUACAACCCAUGGACCUGUUAUUGAUAGGGAGAGUGUUCGCGCUGCUCUUAUGGCGCUUGCCCAGGACAAUGAAUGCAUCGAUAUGUUCUGGAAAGCAUUACAGCGCGUGCACCGAGGGUAAGAAGUAGCUGGGUGUUUUUAAGACACAUGUACCAGGCUUUUGUCUUUGCUAUUCCCAAUUCCUAUUGGGUCCCUAAUUGCUGAAUUACCCGCCACAUUCUACAAGGGCAUCCAGCAGUUCAAUGCUUUUCCGGGUGCUAAAAACUGGCCUGAAUUGCUUACUCCGGUGGAAGUGGUUCAUAAAUUGUUCGCCUGCUACCAGUUUGUGGCGAUUGGAGUAGAUUGUCAAUAUUCUAGCAUGGUUCAAUUAAUUUCAUCAUGGGAUUAGGUCUAUUAUACUGGUUUUUAGGCUAUGUAGUUCAUUUUCCUUCGUUCUGAAUAAUUGAUGAAUAGGCAAGUUGCUGAUGCUACCUCAGACUUGAGUACAAAAUGAUGAUAGUGUUUUUGUAACCAUAGUGUCGGGAAAACUUUUCUAUUUCUCUCAAAACACAAAAAAGUAUUACUAGUUCAUGGACUUCAUGCUGAUUUUCGAAAUGUGUAGGUCGGACAUUAAAGCCAUGAACCACAUUGAGUUUUAUAGGUGCAUCUUUUGAUAGAGAAAACAUCCAUUGUACUUCAUUUGGGUCUAAUGAGUUUCGCUUGUAUGGUGGGCUUGUAGUAUCGAGUCCGUUCAUCAAUGGCAUUGCUAGCUUUCCAA